AUGCAGUCGGACGGCGGCCUGGCCUCAGUUGAUGGGUUCUCAGGCCACAAGGCCAUCCUCAGCGGCCCGGCUGGCGGCUACGUCGGCUAUGCGCUCACGACGCGCUGGCACGGCGCGCGCGGCGGCGGCGAGGAGGGGGCAGAGGACGGCGUCGGCAUGCAGGUGAUUGGCUUCGACAUGGGCGGUACAUCAACCGACGUGUCCCGUUACGCCGGCACGUACGAGCACGUGUUUGAAACAACAACGGCCGGGGUCACCAUUCAGGCCCCCCAGCUCGACAUCAACACAGUCGCCGCCGGCGGCGGCUCCCGCCUGCACUUCCGCGCCGGCCUCUUCGCGGUCGGCCCAGACUCCGCGGGCGCCCACCCGGGGCCGGUCUGCUACAAGAAGGGCGGACACCUGGCCAUAACCGACGCCAACCUGGCGCUGGGGCGGAUACUGCCGGAUUUCUUUCCCAAGAUAUUUGGACCUGGGGAGAACGAGCCGCUGGAUGCGGCCGGCACUGCAGCAGCCCUGGGGGCGCUGACGGAGGAGGUGAAUGCCCACGAGGAGGCGGCCGGCAAGGCGGCCAAGACGGUUGACGAGGUGGCUAUGGGUUUUGUGCAGGUCGCCAACGAGGCGAUGUGCCGCCCGAUACGCGCGUUGACGCAGAUGAAGGGCUACGACGCCGCGGCCCACGUGCUGGCCUGCUUUGGGGGCGCCGGCGGCCAGCACGCGUGCGCGAUAGCGACAACCCUGGGGAUGAGCACCAUUUUCGUGCACAGGUAUGCGGGCAUCCUGUCGGCCGUGGGCAUCCACCUGGCAGACAUAGUGCAGGAGGCCCAGGAGCCCGCGGCCGUGGCCCUUGGCAGCGACGAGGUGCUGCAGCAGCUGGCCUCGCGCCUGGACGCCCUGCAGGCCCAGGCCACCGCCAAGCUGGAAGGCCAGGGCUUCGGGCCGUCCCAGAUCAAGGUGGAGCGGUUCCUAAACCUCAGGUACCAGGGCACCGACGUUGCCGUCAUGACGCCGUGGGACCCCUCCGCCCCCCCAUCCGCCGGCGGCGACCCCGCCGCCGCCUUCGCGGCCGCGUACCAGCGGGAGUUUGGAUUUGUGUUGCAGCGGCCCGUGGCUGUGGACGACGUGCGCGUGCGCGCGACGGGGCGGUCCGCAGAGCUGCCCGGCGCGCGGGCCGCCGCCGCCGCGCCCGGGCCCCUGCCCGAGCCACUCGUCGUGGCUAGCGCGUAUUUCGAAUCCGGCGGCCGACAGCCGACGCCCGCGUACGGCCUCAGCGCGCUGGCGGCCGGCCACGUUGUGCCGGGGCCCGCGAUCUUGAUAGAUCAGAUCAGCACCAUCGUGGUCGAGCCCGGGUGGGACGCCUUCGUAACUGCUGAAGGCAACGUGCGGCUGGACCGCGCGGCCGCUGUGGACGGCCUCGGGGAGGACGGGGCGGCGGCGGAAGAUGGGCAGGCGGCGGUGGCAGAUGUCGAAUGCGACCCGAUCCAGCUCGCCAUCUUCUCUCACCGAUUCAUGGGCAUCGCGGAGCAGAUGGGCCGCGUGCUGCAGCGCACGUCCAUCAGCGUCAACAUCAAGGAGAGGCUGGACUUCAGCUGUGCACUCUUCGGCCCAGACGGGAGCCUGGUCGCCAACGCGCCUCACCUGCCGGUCCACCUCGGCGCCAUGAGCGAGGCAGUCAGGUUCCAGGUGCGCUACUACGGCCCCGGCGGCCCCGGCGAGGGCGAGGGCCUGUCCGAGGGGGACGUGCUGCUGUCAAACCACCCCCAGCUGGCCGGCGGCUCCCACCUCCCGGACAUCACCGUCAUCACCCCGGUGUUCAGCGGCGGCCGCAUCGUAUUCUUCGUCGCCAGCCGCAACCACCCCGCGUGA